ACCAAGACUCGUUAUCAUAAUUCGCCGAACCCUCCCAAAUAUGGAGUAGAACAAUUUAUCUUAUCAUGUUUCCCCCGACCGAAAAUUCCCAGAUUGUUUUUCGGUUUUCGCUGCUUUCUCUUUUUCCCACAUAAACUCUGCGCUAUAUAAGCUCCCGAAAGCUAAAAGGACACAACGAUAUCAAGGUCUUUGGGACGAUAUAUAUUCAUAAUGUCGACACCACCAGCGGCUGCGACAAGCCCGAAAAGCGAAAAAAGUCCUGCCAAGAAUACUGCGAAAAGUCCCUCAAAGAGCCCCUCAAAGAGCCCCUCAAAAAGCCCCCCUCAACAUGCGCAGGUGAAUGCCGGAGAUACAAGCAUUCUGGAACCCGCGCAUUGGCAGCAGCUUGCCGAGGAGGAGAACGUGAACCCAGACGACGAUGCUCAUUCGCUGAGUGAAGAAAGUCUCGCGUCCUCAACAGACUCAGUCUCUUCUAGUAUUUUCGAAUAUCGCAAGCUUCAUGGAAGGACAUAUCAUCGAGAAAUUGGCAGUGCACAGUAUUGGGCUGCCAACGAUGAGAGACAAAGUGAAUUGCUAGACAUCAACCACCACUGUCUGACUCUGGGUAUUGGGGGAAAGCUUCACCUAGCGCCUAUUGACACAGAGAAAAUUACAAAAGCGCUUGACAUUGGAACAGGCACUGGCAUCUGGGCUUUAGAUUUUGCCGAUGAACAUCCCAACAUCCAGGUCAUCGGCACCGAUGUAUCGCCAAUUCAGCCAUCUUGGGUCCCACCGAAUCUCCAAUUCGAGAUCGAAGACUGCACCCAAGAGUGGACAUUUGCGCCCAACUCAGCCGAUUACAUUCACAUCCGCUGGCUUAUCGGCAGUAUUCCAGAUUGGUACCAAUUCUUCAGUGAGGCCUACAAGACUUGCAAGCCAGGUGGCUGGGUCGAGAGUUUUGAACCAUCUGGUAUCAUUACCAGCGACGACGACACCGUAAAGGAGAGCUCUGCCUUGGGUCAGUGGGGUAAGCUAUUUAUCGAGGGAGCCAAGAAGCUGGGUAUGAGCUUCACGGUUUAUGAAGAAGAACUACAGCGGAAGGCCAUGGAGGCUGCUGGCUUUGUCGACAUUCAACAGUUCGAGUACAAGACCCCUAUUGGUGGCUGGGCCAAAGAUCCACAACUGAAAGAGCUCGGCCAGUUCGGCAAGCUUGCGUUCCUUGCCGAUCCCGAAGGUUUUGUGCUUUUUGUAGCCAAUACGAUUGGUUGGACUGAGUCGGAAAUCCAUGUCUACCUUGCGCAUGCUCGUAGGGAGAUUCACUCGGGCAAGCACCAUCCCUACUACAAACAGCGAGUUGUCUGGGGCCGGAAGCCUAAAGAGUAAUCGGAUAUACCGCCUGCUCGGCUUUCUUACAUAAGAGUGUCUCUGGGGGUGAGAGCGGUCCUGUAAACGGAGCAGCUCUUAUAUCGCACUACGUCGAAUAUCCAGCUUUUAGUCAACUUUUCUUUUUCUCAAUAUACGAUCUCUUUCUUCAA